UUGUUGACUGAUUGGUGGAUUCUCGUCAAGCCGAUUGUUGGUGGUUUCAGUGGUUUUGGUGUGUCCAGGUCAGUUUGUUUUUAUGCUCAUUUUCAGUUUUUCAAAAUUAAAGUAAAAUCCUUUGGGCUUGUUUUUAGAAUUUUUAUGUUUUGACACGGAAAAUUCAUCUUUUUAAAUUUAAUGUUAGAAAGCUUCAGGUAUUUUUCAGAGCAAAAAAAUAUUUACUAAUUCGCCAGGAAUUCUAGAUUGAUUUUUGAAAAUCCAGACACAUUUGGGCUAUUUUAGUUAGUGAAAGUUAGUUUUUAGGAGCUCUAGGAUGUUCAAAUUUCAGCCUCAAAAAUAGAGAGCUUGGCUAACAUUUUUGGUUUACAAAUAUGUGGCCGAGAAUUGUCGGGAACUCGGCCAACAAACAUUUGAUGCUUGGCCGAACUUUCGACAUUUCUCGGCCACGGUCACAUUUUUAUAGGACGUAUAAUUUCUGAAGGUUAAGAAUUUGAGAAGGGAUUUUUUAAAUGAAAAAAAACAAAACAAUAUGUGCACUUUUUUUUCUGAAAAUAAGCCAACUUGUUUUCAGAUCUUCUUCCUCCACAUUGCGUGCAGUUGGAACUCGGCUCACUUGCUUCAUCUCUUCAUCAUCGGAUUUUUUGCCUACCGGCUCCGUUGCUUCAAUUCUCAUCGCCGAAUUCUUCAUUCUCUCUUCUCUAUUCGGACAAAAUACCAAAUUGGUGCAUUUGGAUUUUGGACUUUGCUCGAAAAUUCAGGUUAGUCGAACUAUUCAAAAUAUUUCUGAAGUAGUUUUAAAAUUCCACCAAAUUUCGUGAAAACCGCUAUCACUUCAGUAGUUAGAAGAAUUUCUGGAAGAAUAAAAACAAACUUGAAUUAUUGAUUUUUUCAAAGUUAGGAAAACUUGAUUUUGUUUGAUAUCGAGGAAGUUUUAAAACUAAAUGAUCCGGUUGAAGCCUAGAAAAAAAAAUAUGUGUGGCCAAGGAUUGUCGAAAAUUCGGCCAGCAAACUUAUUCCAAAUGGAAGAAUUUUUGCGUUGGCCGAACUUCCGAAAUUUCUCGGCCAUUCUGGAAUAAAUCAAAUAAAUAAAGAAUUUUUAAAGAUUAAUAUAUUUCAGAAUUUUUAAAGAUUAAUAUAUUUUUUUCCAGAUUUUCAAGCUGCUGAUCAAUUGCAUUCUCUUCAAUCGCUCCACGUUUUGA